GGGACGGCGGCCAAUCGAGGCGCGCGCCGAGGGUCCGGGCCGGGGGAUCCGGGUCUCUGGCUGGCGCGCACGCUCGUGUCGUUGCCGCCUGUACUUCGGCUGGAGGCACUGCGUGCUUGAGAGCUGCAACCGCAACUUUUCAAUCUUCUCAAGUUCUCGGCGGCCGGGCGGGCCAAGGCCGGGCCCGCGCGAGGGGCAGGCGGCGGCCGCCUCAGGCAGAGGCGGUGGUGCAGCGGGGAGUGGGGGCCGCUGCCUCCGCGGGCGCCCGGGCCGGCCCUCGCCUUUGCAGCGUGCUCCAUGCAUCCGGAGCCCGCCCCGCCCCCGAGCAACAACAGUCCCGAGCUUCCCCUCAGCGGCGGCAGCACCACCAGCAGCAGCCACCGGAGCCGCCGCCGCAGCGGGGACGGGGAGCCCCCAGGGUCGCCGCCGCCGCCCGCCGUCACCUACCCGGACUGGAUCAGCCAGAGUUACUGCAAGGUGAUGAGCCUCAACGAGCACUCGAUGCAGGCGCUGUCCUGGCGCAAGCUCUACUUGAGUCGCGCCAAGCUCAAAGCCUCCAGCCGGACCUCGGCUCUGCUCUCCGGCUUCGCCAUGGUGGCGAUGGUGGAGGUGCAGCUGGAUGCUGACCAUGACUACCCGCCGGGGCUGCUCAUCGCCUUCAGCGCCUGCACGACAGUGCUGGUGGCUGUGCACCUGUUUGCGCUCAUGAUCAGUACCUGUAUCCUGCCCAACAUCGAGGCGGUGAGCAACGUGCACAACCUCAACUCAGUCAAGGAGUCGCCCCAUGAGCGCAUGCAUCGUCACAUCGAGCUAGCCUGGGCCUUCUCCACCGUCAUCGGCACGCUGCUUUUCCUGGCCGAGGUUGUGCUGCUCUGCUGGGUCAAGUUCCUGCCCCUGAAGAAACAGCCAGGCCAGUCACAGCCCACCAGCAAGCCCCCAGCCACUGGCGGGGUCGCCAGUCACGACGAGGACAACCUGGGCAGUAUCACCCCGGGCCAGGCUGCCGCCAUUGCCUCCACCACCAUCAUGGUGCCCUUUGGCCUGGUCUUCAUCGUCUUUGCUGUCCACUUCUACCGCUCACUGGUCAGCCAUAAGACGGACCGACAGUUCCAGGAGCUCAACGAGUUGGCAGAGUUUGCUCGCCUGCAGGACCAGCUGGACCACAGAGGGGACCACCCCCUGACUCCCGGCAGCCACUAUGCCUAAGCCCUCCUGGGCCUGGGCACUUCCUAGCUUUGGCCUUCUGCCCUUCCCCAAGACCUUGUCCUGCUCCAGCCUCAAGGACAGCCUGCACAGGGUGCGGGCUUUUGUCAAGGGGCAGAGAGUGGAGGGAAGGGGCUCUUUUUAAAGAGAAAUAACUGCACUCUGAAACUAUCCUCUAAGAGAUAAGCACUUCCUGUUCUUCCAGCUCUGGGUUCACCUCUGUUAGGAGGCCACCGAUGGGAGCCAGAGCCGGGACAAAUGCUCCCUUUGUCCCUCCUCCUUGCCCAUGCCAGUGCCAUCUGGAUGCUUCCUGUCCUUUCCGUCUUGACCUCCCUCUCCCCAUUCAGUGUUGAGUGUGUGCGUGUGUGUGUGAGCACAUAAAUAUACUCAUAAGGGAUGCCUCCUCUUGUGUCUGUAUUUGUUGGGUCUGAGCUGCCUGGUAUUAUUUCUCCUGGUGCCUCAAUCA